AUGAGUGAUAAAGUGUUUAGAUUGGAUUCUGGUUACCAAAACUACGAUUGGGGUAAAAUUGGUUCUUCUUCAGCAGUUGCUCAAUUUGCUCAUCAUUCAAAUCCAGAAAAUGUUACUAUUGAUGAAUCAAAACCAUAUGCAGAAUUAUGGAUGGGUACACAUCCAAAAGUUCCAUCAAAAAACUUACAAGGUAAAUCAUUAAGAGAUAUUAUCCUUUCAAAUCCAGAAUUUUAUUUAGGUGAACCAAUUUUAAAAAAAUAUGGUUCAUCAAAUGAAUUACCAUUUUUAUUUAAAGUCCUAAGUAUUGAAAAAGUUUUAUCAAUUCAAGCUCAUCCUGAUAAAGAAUUAGGUGCUAAAUUACAUUUACAAGAUCCAAAAAAUUAUCCAGAUGAUAAUCAUAAACCUGAAAUGGCAAUUGCUGUUACAAAUUUUGAAGGUUUUUGUGGGUUUAAACCAUUAGAAGAAAUUGCUGAUGAAUUAACUAAAAUUCCUGAAUUAAUUAAUAUUGUUGGUGAAGAAGAAGCUAAAAAAUUCAUUGAAGGUAUAAAACCAAAUGCUAUUCCAGAAUCAACUGAUGAUUUGGAAAAUAAAAAAUUAUUACAAUUAGUUUUCGGUAAAGUUAUGAAUUCUACUGAAGAAGAAAUUGAAAAACAAGCAAAAUCUUUAUUAGAAAAAACUGUUUCUCAACCAGAAAUUUUUAAUAAAUCAGAUUUACCAGAAUUAAUUCAAAGAUUAAACAAACAAUUCCCAUUAGAUAUUGGUUUAUUCUGUGGUUGUUUAUUAUUAAACCAUUGUAAAUUAGAAGCUGGUGAAGCUAUGUUUUUACAAGCUAAAGAUCCUCAUGCAUAUAUUUCAGGUGAUAUUAUUGAAUGUAUGGCAGCAUCAGAUAAUGUUGUUAGAGCAGGUUUUACACCAAAAUUUAAAGAUGUUGAAAAUUUAGUUGAAAUGUUGACAUAUAAUUAUGAUGAUGUUGAAAAACAAAAAAUGUCACCACAAAUUUUUGAAAGAUCUUCAGGUGAUGGUGAAUCCAAGUUAUAUGAUCCACCAAUUCAAGAAUUUUCAGUUUUACAAACAACUUUUAAAAAUUCUUUAGGUAAAAGAGUUUUCAAAUCUUUUGAUGGUCCAAGUAUAUUAAUUAUUACAAAUGGUGAAGGUAAAAUAAUUUCUGAAGGUGUUGAAUUAAAAGCUGAACCUGGUUAUAAUUUCUUUAUUGCACCAAAUACUGAAAUUGAAUUAAUUACUGAAGAUCCAAACUUUACUUCAUAUAGAGCUUAUGUUGAAGCAUAA